AUGUCGUGGGCUCUGGUGGACUUUAGCUGUGUCCGAUACUCUCCCGUAGAGGGCACACACUACUUCCACGACCCCGCAUAUCCUUCCUCGAUACAGUUUCUCCUCUCUGGCCGCUGGGAGCCCUGGGACAUUAGCUAUGUCAAGUACAAGGCUCGGGAUCCAGACAUUCGACGCGUUGCUGAGGAAGCCGAGACGCGACUCGCUCGGGAUCCAUAUUCCAAAUAUUCUCCGUGGCCGUCUCCACCUCCUUCAACGGGUCCGCCACCACUGACUUCAGCCUAUCCUCACAGUCAACCUCCACCAGUACUAAUCAAGCAACCUGUGGCUGAUCUGGUGACCCCUUCGCCGUCCACUGUGGCUGAGCAUGCCGUUUCAGCGUCGCCACGCGACCACAGUACGCCUCCAUUACCAAACACUUCCACUAGUUAUGCAUCUCCCUAUGGAAGUCGGUCUGUAGUACAGAAUGGUGCAAAUCAGGCUCCUGCUGGUCCUCCAAACUUUGUUCCGCUGGCUCCGAUACACAACAGCCAUGCAAAUGGCCACCCGUCACCUCCUCAACAUGCAGAAGUUCCAUGUGAUCCUACGCUUCGGGAUCCAUCAUCAAAACCAGUACUACCAGCCCAGACAAUUCUUUCACGCACCAGAGAAACUAAGAUCCUACUCUCAAUCGACGGUGACGGUAUCAGAGGACUGUCUGCCUUACUCUUGGUCGAAUCACUUGUUAAUGCAAUCUGUGUCAAAGUCGGGCAGCGCUUAGACAGCCACCAAAUCUUUGACUUGACGGGAGGAUGCUCUCUGGGAGGAAUUAUAGCCAUUAUGCUGUGCCGGCUUCGGAUGCAGGCCCACCGAGCUAGGGAAGCCUAUAAGCAGAUUGCGAAGCAGGUCUUUGCAAACAAGAGGGAUUAUUUCAAGUACUUGGAUCCCCAUGCACAAGUACGAAGUGUUGAUGAUAGUGCGCUGGAAGAUGCGAUCAAGAGUGUUGUCCGACAGGAGCUGGGCAACCCAGACGAGAUUCUGCUCGACGGACGACCGGAUUCGGGCGAUGUAUUUGCCAUUACAACACAAAUGGAUAUCGGCACCAACCGAGCAGCACUAAUACGUUCAUACCAAACACGGCGCAUCACAGGCCCAGAUCUGGAACCAGACAUGCCUAUAUGGCAAACAAUGAAAGCCACUUCAGCAGCCCCAAGAUACAUCCAAUCCGAAAAAGCUGUGCCACAACGCUUCGUAAUAGAAAAAGGCCUAGUCGACCACGGCACCACCAAGAACAACCCCGUCCGCGACAUCCUCUACGAAUGCCGCAAGCUCUUCCGCUACGCAAACGACAUGAUGAUCAUCGUCUCGGUCGGCACAGGCGUCGGCCUCGACCGCAGCCGCGAAAUCCCCGAAAUGGCAAAUAGCGUCGAAGACCGCAAGGCCGAAGCUCGCGGCUGGGGCGAACGCUUCGAAGCCGAUCACGCUGCUCUCAUCGAACGCAACUGGAUGAAGUAUUUCCGCUUCGAUGUCACAGGCCUUGAAGAUGUUCCGCUGGAGGAAUGGAGCCAUGAGGAUAUCAUCAAGGAGAAGACGUCGGCAUAUCUGGCGCAACCGGAUGUGUGCCAGAGGUUUUAUGCCUGUGUUGAUGCUAUUGCGGCAUUACUACUUGGUCCAUAG